AUGACUAAUGAAGAGCUACUCCAAAAGCUCAUGACUGAAAUAGGGACCAAAUUAAAUGCUAGACUAGAUAAGCAUGAUGAGAACAUUAGAAACAUCCAGAUGUCCCAAAUGAGUUUAGAGAAACAAGUUGCACAAGUGGCUAAUUCUUUGAACUUGCAUCCCCAAGGUGGACUGCCGGGCGAUACUGAACCCAAUCCAAAGCAAUUGCAUGCGGUAAGCACUAGAAGUGGGUUGAAAUUAGAGGAACUAUCUCCAAAGAAGAGAGACACUGAGGCAAGUAACAAAGAAAAGAAUGUGGAAGAGGUAGUAAAAAGCUCCAAUGUUGAGGUACCAAUUCCUCAAAAGAAAUUACCACCUCCAUUUCCACAGAGGCUCAAAAAGCUGAAUGAAGAUGAAUGCUUCGGUAAGUUUCUCUCUCUCCUUAAACAGGUUCACAUUAAUCUACCGUUGGUUGACAUUUUGCAGGGUAUCCCGAAGUAUGCUAAAUACGUGAAGGACAUAGUGGCCAACAAGAGGAAACUCACUGAAUAUGAAACUGUAGCACUUACUGAGGAGUGCAGCUCAAGGAUUCAAAACAGAUUGCCCAAAAAGUUAAAAGAUCCGGGUAGUUUUACUGUGCAAAUUACAAUUGGACAAAGUGCUUAUGCCCGGGGGUUGUGUGAUUUGGGGGCAAGUAUAAAUUUAAUGCCUCUAUCUUUGUACCAAAAGCUUGGGUUGGGUAGUCCAAAGAGAACCAUUGUUAUUCUCCAACUUGCAGAUAGAUCCAUUGCUAGGCCAGAAGGGGUGGUAGAAGAUGUGGCAUUGAUUGAUGUAGCAGCUGGUCAACUAACCAUGACGGCACAUGAUAAGGUAGAGGUAUUUGAUGUUUAUCAUGCUUUAAAAUUACCUUCUAUUUAUGAAGAGUUGUCCGCUAUUACUGUAAUUGAUACUAUAAUAGAGUCACAGUUAGUUUUGCCCGAAGACCCAUUAGAAAGAGUGUUAGUGGGUCAACAGUUAGAGGGAGAUGUUGAAGUUCAAGAGACUGAAUCAUUCUUAAAUCUAGCAGUUGAGACAACAUUAAGAAUCUUGAAGCGGAGGAAGAAAGCAAUUGGAUGGUAA